UACGUUUUUAAAACGUAGAAAAAAAACGUUUUGUUAUUCAUUUUUUGUGAGAUUUUUUUUUUUCAUUUUUUCCUAUGUUUUUUCUUGUCACCCAAUUAUGACAUUGGAUUCAAAUAGUUACCAUUAUCAUCAUCAUCAUCAUCAACAACAGCAACAACGACAGCAACAACAGAUUAAUAAUGGACAUUCAUUCAAUGAUAAUCCAUUACCAUCAUCAUCACCAUCAACACCACCAUCACCAAUAUUAUUAUCAACAAUAAAUAAUAGUUUAGAUUCAUGUGAAUCGGAACGAACACGAUCAUUAAAUGCACCGAAUCAGUGUUGUCAAUUUGGACCAUGUGGAAGUAUUAUGAAAAAUCCUGCUAUGGUCAUGACGAUUCAAGAUCCUGCUAGCCAACGUUUAAUUUGGCAUAAAACACCUGCUAGUGUUUUGGUUAUUAAAAAAAUACAUGAUUCAUUAAUUAUUAAACCAUUUUUAGAUCUAGUUCAAUGGCUUAUUUGGGAAAAAAAUAUGACAGUGUUUAUCGAAACCAGUGUACUUGAAGAUGUUCAUCUAAAAAAUAAUCCAUUAUUUUUAUCAAUAAAAGAUAAUGUUCGUACAUUUCGUGAUGGUAAAGAAAAUCUUACCGAUAAAGUUGAUUUUAUUGUUUGUCUUGGUGGUGAUGGUACCCUACUAUAUGCAUCAUCAUUAUUUCAGGAAAGUGUACCACCUGUAAUGGCUUUUCAUAUGGGUUCAUUAGGCUUUCUUACACCAUUCGAAUUUGAUGAUUUUCAACAACAAAUUAAUAAUGUACUUAAAGGAAAUGCAGCUUUAACAUUACGAAGUAGACUUUGUUGUAAUAUUGUUCGUGAUAAUGAUAUUUUUAUCAAUAACGGUGACAACAAUAAUAAUAAUAAUAUACCAAAGAAUCAUUGUCAUUUAGUAUUGAAUGAAAUGGUUGUUGAUCGUGGACCAUCACCAUAUUUAUCAAAUGUUGAUUUAUAUAUUGAUGGUAAACGUAUUACAACUGUACAAGGUGAUGGUUUAAUUGUAUCAACACCAACUGGUAGUACUGCAUAUGCUGUUGCAGCUGGUGCAUCAAUGAUUCAUCCAAGUGUACCGGCAAUAAUGAUUACACCGAUUUGUCCACAUUCAUUAUCAUUUCGUCCGAUUGUUGUACCUGCCGGUGUUGAAUUGAAAAUCUGUGUAUCACCUGAUUCACGUAAUUCUGCUUGGGUAUCAUUCGAUGGCCGAAAUCGACAAGAAAUUAAAGUUGGUGAUAGUGUUCGUGUAACAACAUCAAUCUAUCCGGUACCAUCAAUUUGUUCAGAAGAUCAAAUUAGUGAUUGGUUUGAUUCAUUGGCUGAAUGUUUACAUUGGAAUGUUCGGCAAAAACAAAAACAAUUUGAUGAAUAUUCUGAUCUAAUACAUAGCUCAUCAAGCAGUGUUAGUUCAUUAGACAAAUAAUAAUAAUAAUUUGAUAUGAUAUUUUAACAAAUCUUCUUCCAUAAACAAAAAAAAAACAAUAUCCAUUUUUAAAAA